AUGUCCCUUUUAUAUCCCAACUCUGCGGCGGGUGCCCAUCUCGCUCUGCUCUCUCAUGCCGCGCCAAAUCUGCGAGAGCGGGAAGACCUCAAGGCAGGAGAAGCUCCUCGGCCGGUCACUGCCCGCCUGCCGCGACUGCUCCUGCAGCUCCUGACUGCUCGCUGCGAUCGGAUCUGCGACGGGAGUCAUGGGGGGGGAGUCAUUGCGGACCCGGCAUCGAGGCGAUCCAGCACAGCCGAUGGCCGGAGGGGUCUCGCUUGGGCCGAUCCUGUGUUGUGGCGACCCUUGAUGCUCAGGAAGGGGAUGGCGAGCCAGCCCGAUGCACAAGAUCCCCGCUUCCUUCCGCUCGUCAAAUGGCCCGCGCAGAGCACCACCGGCCAGAUCGGCAUUCGUCCGUAG